AUGGCUGCACUUCCAGAUCUCGAGGAGUGGCUCGCCGACUCGAAUACGGCCUUGAACGUCAGUCUCGUUUCGCCAACCCCCUCGGGCCUCCAGCUCAUCUCGACCUUUCAUCCGAGCUUCACCUACCCCAUAUUUGGCGAGGAUGAAAAAAUCUUUGGCUACAAGGAUCUCAAGAUCAACUUGCGCUACCGCGCAAACGACAUGCGCCCGCAUGUACAAACGUCGUACAGCCGCAAAUUCACGCCUAUUGGCGAGACCGAGCCCAUGGAUGUCGUAGGAAUGCUGAAAGAGGAUGCGCAGCUUCCCGAUGUCGCAUUUCGCACGGAGUCAGAUUUCGAGAUAAACUCGCAAACGCUCGGCGAUGACUGGAAACCACCCGGAGAGCUUCAUGCGAGCUUUGAUGGCGCCGACGGUGCAUACGAAAUCUGGAAGGGAUCCCUGGCGGACGAUGCCAUCAAACAGCUGAACAAGCGCAUUCAGCUACUGAUCCUCCUCUUCAUCGAGGGCGGAUCUUACAUUGGGCAGGCCCCUGAAACCAACUCUUCACAGGUUGAAAUGCCUGAUGCAGAUCGCUGGACUCUGUUCUUUCUCUAUCGCAAGCAACCAUCGUCCGCUGAUCCAGAGAAAAGCUCUUACAUCUUUGUUGGCUACUCGACUGUCUACCGAUUCUACUACCUUCAAGCUCUGCCUACACCUCCUGCUUCUCCGAACCACGAUUGGGAGUUGCCUCGCGGCGAUUUUGAUAUGGCGCUACUCCCUUGCCGCACGCGACUUUCUCAAUUUCUAAUUCUGCCUCCUUUCCAAGGUAGCGGGAACGGCGCGCGACUAUACCGGUCCAUCUAUAACCACUAUCUCAAAGAGCCCUCGACGCAAGAGUUCACAAUUGAGAAUCCAAAUGAGGCUUUUGACGAGCUCCGAGAUGCGUGCGACUUGAAAUAUCUGCGCACCGUGCCUGAGUUUGCUGCUCUGAAACUAAAUCCAAACGUCAAAGUCGGCAAGAAAGGACUGAUCCCGCAGUUGAUCCAGGGUGGCGAAAAUCUCGAGGCUAUCCGGGCCAAGGUCAAGAUUGCGCCCCGCCAGUUUGCCCGCGUCCUAGAGAUGCACGUCAUGUCUCAGCUUCCCGACUCUGUUCGCCCCCGCAUCGACCCGGAUGAGAAGGUUCCUUCAAAAACUGCUACUGACAGGCAUCUGGAGCGACUAUGGCAGCUCCUCGUUAAGCAGCGACUGUACAGGCACAACCGGGACAUUUUGGCGCAGAUUGAUCUGCCUGAGCGUAUUGAGAAGCUGGGUGAGACGUUGCUAGGUGUCGAGCUCGAGUAUGCUAGGCUUCUGUCAGCACACGGUUCAAGCCCGGUCACCACAACCAAGGCUAAGCGUCGGUUGGACGACGAUGCGGAAUCCACCUCUAGCAAGCGAACAAGAGUAGAUGAGUAG